GAAACAGUCUUUGUCCUCACCCCGCAGUACAACACACAACUGGAGAAGGACACAGGCUCCUCGCGGAAAAGGAAAAACUGGAUGGCUUGAUGUGAGAGCGGGAGAGCUUUCUUUUAACACAGAAAACCAAGGAAAAGCUCUCGAAAUAAGCGACAACUUCAAGGAGCAGUCGGACGAAAACCAAAAGACCCAAAAAUCACAACUGAAGGUUUGAGAGGUUCCCUCCUGUUCCAGAGGCAAAAUGAGCUGGAGCUUCCUUACCCGUCUGUUGGACGAGAUUUCCAACCACUCCACCUUUGUGGGCAAAAUCUGGCUCACCCUACUUAUUGUCUUUCGCAUUGUGCUCACGGCUGUUGGGGGCGAGUCAAUCUACUAUGAUGAACAGAGUAAAUUUGUGUGUAACACGCAGCAACCUGGUUGUGAGAACGUGUGCUACGACGCGUUCGCACCACUGUCACACAUUCGCUUCUGGGUGUUUCAGGUGAUUAUGAUCACCACGCCCACCAUCAUGUACCUUGGCUUUGCCAUGCAUAAGAUUGCCCGCAUGGAGGAUGAUGACUACCGGCCCCGGGGCAGAAAGAGGAUGCCGAUAGUGAGCCGUGGUGCCAACCGAGACUACGAGGAAGCGGAGGAUAAUGGGGAGGAGGACCCCAUGAUCCUGGAGGAGAUCGAGCCAGAAAAAGAAAAGGAGGUGGCAGAGAAGCCCAGCAAAAAGCACGAUGGGCGCCGUCGCAUCAAGCGCGAUGGCCUGAUGAAGGUCUAUGUGUUUCAGCUGCUGUCACGUGCUAUCUUUGAGGCCUCGUUCCUGUUUGGACAGUACGUCCUUUAUGGGCUGGAGGUGGUACCGUCGUAUGUAUGCACGCGCUCUCCUUGCCCCCACACAGUGGAUUGCUUCGUCUCACGCCCCACAGAGAAAACUAUCUUCCUGCUCAUUAUGUAUGCUGUCAGCGCCUUGUGUCUCCUCUUUACCGUGCUUGAGAUCCUUCACCUCGGCAUCAGCGGUAUUCGGGACUGCUUUUGUGCACCACGGCCUCGACCUCCCACUCCCCGCCACCCAGCUCUGUCCAGCCAGAGGUCCUCCAUCUGCCGCCAGCCAUCAGCACCACCAGGCUACCACACAGCUCUGAAGAAGGACCCAACAGGAAAGAUGGGCUUCAGGGAUAACCUGGGAGAUUCAGGUCGCGAGUCGUUCGGGGACGAGGCUUCAUCACGGGAGCUGGAGAGGCUGCGGAGACAUCUAAAACUGGCUCAGCAGCAUCUAGACAUGGCUUACCAAAAUGAGGAGAGCAGUCCGUCACGCAGCAGUAGCCCAGAGUCCAACGGCACUGCAGCUGAGCAGAACAGACUAAACUUUGCCCAGGAAAAGCAGAGCAGUACAUGCGAGAAAGGUCUCCGUGCAUAGGUGCUGAUCAGGCCAGCUGACACUGUAGACUUAGAUUUACAUCAGGAUCAGUGAGAGGAUGUAAGGGAAUCAGAGUGUGUGUGUGUGUUUGUGUGUGUGUGUGUGUGUGACAAAAACUUGCUUGAGGUGGAUGAAGUCAGCCCAAGCCUUCCAGUGUUACGGCCGUCUGUGGUCGGGCAUCGAGUCAAAUGAGGAGGAGAGCGGUCGUCUCAACCCAGCAAUACUUGAGACGGCUGUCUGAAGAUCCAAAGUGCUUACAAACUACCGUCAUGCAGCAAGAACGGUUAAGGUUGUACUUCUCCCUCAGGGCAGCUAUUCUUUUUUUAAUAUUUUUAUUUUGAGACUUAGAGCUGUUAGUCGUUUUUAAGAGUUUGUGCUCUGUUGGAAGUUCACAGUGAAUGCAUCUCAAAUUUGCCUUAGACCUAAACUGGAACUCUGUUUUUUGGCAUUUUGUUAAGCAGUGGCCAAGCCAGUUGUAGUGCAAAAAACAUGUUGAAACUGUAAGUGAGGAAGUGAGUGAGUGAGAUGCAAAAGGAAGGUCAAUGGACAAGGCACCACUCGUUAAAGAUAGGUACUGGAGUUAUUGUCAUGCUGAUGAAGACGUUUUGAAGAGUUCAUUUCAUACAAAGGUUUCUCUCAAGUGUGUCACAUACACUUUUAAAAAUGGUUUUGAUAAUGUUGGCGCUGCACCAGUCAACAUUCCCAAGCCUGGUGCUUUGAUGGUAACUGAAACACACUUGGGGUGCCUCUGUCCAAAGGAAUAAACGAACCUGGGUAAUGCUUGAAAAACAUUUAACUCUUGAUAUUGUCUUGUAUUGUUUAAAACGUGUAUUUGAUACUGUUCUUUAUUUUUGUAUUAGUUUUUGAGUAUUGUGGUGUUGAAAAGAGGCUCUUGUCACUGUGCCAGGUAUUUUAUUUGAAAAGAAUGACAUUCACUGCUGUCUUAGUUCCCUUAAGCUUGCCCACGGACCAGUGCAGUCUGAAAAUAGUUGGUUACAAUUUGUGUUCAGCUGCAACAGUUUUCUUUAAUAACUACAUUUUUAAAAAAAAAAUUCAAUAACCUACAUCUAUAUUAUUUACACAUUGUCUCUGACCAGCAAACAUUCCCUUUGUACUUCCAAACCUGGAUUUGAUUUAAUCAGUUAGUUAAAGAAGGGAAAAUGCUGUCAUGUUCAUGUUCCAUGUUUGAAAGUGCUGAUUUUUGGAUAAGUGUUAUCACUGUUCAAAGUGAGGGUUGUAAACAAUGUAAUCAUUUCAAUGUGAAUUCAAUGCCUUGAACGUGCUCUUCUAAGAUGCCAUCUUUUGUAUUCUGAAUCAUACCCACAGUGCCAUUAGUGCCGACUCAAAUAUCGUCAUCUCAAGUUAUUUUUGAACAAUGCUUUUUGUACUUUUAUACUUUUUUGUAUUGAUAGUACUUUGUGGUUAGUUUUUAAAAUAAAUUUUUCAACAAAGUCGAACCGA